UUUCCCUCUGCCAGCCAGCCACAGGCCUCACCUGAGUUUGUCUUUAUGUGUGUGGUAAAGACGGGAAGCUAAACUAACAAAGGACAUGGUUGACGGGAACCUAAACUCCUAACAAAGGACACGGUGCCUUAAAUAGGCCAACCCUGGCACUGUUUACUGGAGGCGAAAGGUCCCAAGCUUGGAAGUUUGGGGAGUACGCCCUUAAAUACAUACUUAAUCCUGCACAGAAUUUUGCAAACCUUUUACGAUCAUGACCCACAGUUUCAACAAAUGUUUCCCUUGCUAGAAAGGCGACAAAAGAUGAAAAAAAUACACAAAUAUAGAUGACAGAAGCAAACAAUUUCACAGAUUACCCACAUGGACAAUACAUUCUGAUACUUCAGUUCUCUUCCUGUUCAAACCUUUAAAAUCUUGGUCACAAUCCACGAAAUUGACUUCAAGGUUUACCAAAGGAUCCCGACAUGUACUUUUGAAAACCCUGACCACAGAAAGCUUUCCAGAACUGUUCCAUACUCAUUCUCUCCCCUGGCUCUUACCCUGUCUCGGGUGCCCGGUGUUUGCACCCCAUUUUACCAAGGACACAAAGAAGGACUCUUGGAGGUGAAUUGUCCGGGGUCUCAGUCAAGUGCCAGUGCCACUUGACGGACACCCGGCCGAGGCUUCGUGCAGAACAGGGUUUUUCUCUGGGUGGAAAACCCCUUGCACAGCCCAGGACGGGCAGACACUGAAGAGGGGCACGAGGAACCCAGCGCGGGAAGAGCAGUCACCACAAAACAGCCAAGGCCCUGGGCGACCUCAGCUGGCCUUGGGGAAGUCCACCCUUCUCCGGGUGACUGGCACCACGGGGGUCCAGCACCCACCCCAGAAUCAGCUUCCUCCAGUAAGUUUCUCUCUGGGCAGUUCAUCCCUGCCCCCUCCUGCAGGCGUGGCCUGGAGCUGCUUUGUUCCCAGCCACUGCGCACACCUCAUUUCUGUCCUGGCCUGAACCGGGAGGGCGCCUGGCAGGCUGUCCCAUCGUCGCUGCGCCACAUGGCUCUCAAGGAGGCAUUCAGGGCCUGGAAGAGAAUCAUCAGGCGGCUGAUCCUACUUGCACUUGGCCUCUUAGGGCUGCGCCUCUACGGGCUCCCUGUCAUCAGGCAUCUGGACAUCCUCAUCCCCAUGGGUGUCUGCCCUUUGGCCAAAACGUCCCUGUUGAGAGACAACUUCACAGGUCUCCUGCGACCCUGGGCCAGGCCUGAAGUCCUGACCUGUACCUCCUGGGGGGCCCCCAUUGUUUGGGAUGGCACUUUUGAUCCAGAUGUGGCCCAACAACAGGCUAGACAACAGAACCUCACCAUCGGACUCACUGUCUUUGCUGUAGGCAGGUACCUGGAGAAGUACCUGGCGCGCUUCCUGGAGACGGCGGAGCAGCACUUCAUGGUGGGCCAGCGCGUGGUGUACUAUGUGUUCACCGAGCGCCCGGCCGCCGUGCCCCGCGUGGCGCUGGGCCCGGGCCGCCUGCUGCGCGUGGAGCGCGUGGUGCGCGAGCGGCGCUGGCAAGACGUGUCCAUGCAGCGCAUGCACACGCUGCACCGGGCGCUGGGCGGGCGGCUGGGCCGCGAGGCGCACUUCGUGCUCUGCAUGGACGUGGACCAGCACUUCAGCGCCGCCUUCGGGCCCGAGGCGCUGGCCGAGUCGGUGGCGCAGCUGCACGCCUGGCACUACCGCUGGCCGCGCUGGCUGCUGCCCUUCGAGCGCGACGCGCGCUCGGCCGCCGCGCUGGCCCCGCACGAGGGCGACUUCUACUACCACGCGGCGGUGUUCGGGGGCAGCGUGGCCGCGCUGCGGGCGCUCACGGCGCACUGCGCGCGGGGCCAGCGGCGGGACCGCGAGCGCGGCCUGGAGGCGCGCUGGCACGACGAGAGCCACCUCAACAAGUUCUUCUGGCUGCACAAGCCCGCCAAGGUGCUGUCCCCCGAGUUCUGCUGGUGCGCGGACAUCGGCCGGCGCGCGGACAUCCGCCGCGCGCGCCUGCUCUGGGCGCCCAAGGAGUACGCGCGGCUGCGCCACUAG